UAAUUGCGUAAUUACGCAACGGCAUAGCAUAUAACCCAUUUAACCCCCAUUUAAAUUGCCGAAGUCUCUACCAAUCUUUUUCCAUCUGUGAAUAUUUUUUGGAUGACUAGAUGCUUAUGUAAAAAAUCGCUGGGAAAAAUCUGGGCAUUAAUGGGUUAAUACUGAUUAUUUACAAAGAUGAAACACUUUCAAAACGAAUAUCCACUAAUUUAUUAAAGUGUAUUCUGGACUACGGCAGUUUCACUCCAGAGGGACACAUGCCCAUAAUAACGGUGCUUGUAUGGAGCUCCGCAUCUUUGUUUGACUGUGGCAGCUACGCUCCAGUUCCGGGGUAUAUUUGCAUUUUUGCGGAAUGGGCCUGUGAGGGGAGCAACCGGAGUGGAACAACCAGAGUGGAACAGACUCGGGCAGCCGUCGGAUAUGUUGACACAUUCCUUAAAGAAGGUCUGGCUGGCUUAUAACAUUCGGACCUUGGGCACGGCCAUCUCCAUGGCGGCCAGGCCCGUGACGGCGAGCGGGGUCACCGCUCACAAAAUAAGCAAGAAGGUGACGUUCUACGCGAACGAGUCCGCCGCCGCCGCCGCCGCCCACGGGCCUCCGCAGGUGGGCGGAGUCAGGCCGCUGCUGGUGCUCUUCCCCUGGCUGGGGUCCCGCCCCAAAGCCCUGAGCAAGUACUGCGAGAUCUACUUCCGGGUGGGCUUCGACGUGCUGAUAGUGGAGAGCGAGCUCAGCCAGUUCUUGUGGCCCCGCUGGGGGCUGGAGUACGGGGCCAACAUUCUGGACCUGCUGCAGGACGACCGGUUCGUCUCCCGCCCCCUGCUGGUGCACGCCUUCUCCAUUGGUGGGUAUCUGUUUGCCCAGAUGCUAACGCACAUAGCACAGGACCCCCAGCGCUACCGGGGCGUGACGGAGCGGGUCCAAGGUCAGGUAUACGAUAGCCUGGUGGACGGAUCGCUGGAACGCAUCGCUGUCGGGCUCGGGAAGAGCAUGUUCCCCAACUUUGAAGGCCUGGUGAGGUGGCUAAGCCUGCUCUACUUUCGGGCGUUGAAGGAACAGACCCUCGAGCAAUUAAACAGCGCCGUGGUGGAGUUCUGGAACAACCCCAUCACGGCGCCCUCGCUCUUCUUCUACUCCGAGGACGACCCUCUGUGCGACCCCAGGAAGCUGGAGGAACUGAUGGAGCUGUGGAGUAAGCGCGGGACGCCCGUGCAGUGCAGGAAGUGGGCACGGUCCAUACACGCCGGUCACCUGCGCCAGCACCCGCAGGAGUACCUAACCACCCUGGAACACUUCCUGUGCACCCUCAACCUCGUCCCCCUCAAAGCCAAAAUAUGAAAAUGCCACUCACCCACCAAAUCAGAACAAUAAUAAUGGUUUACAUUUGUCUCUUCACCGUGUGUCCAUGACUGGAAGAUAAAGGUCUUUUCAUCACUUAGGAUUGGGUUAGACAAUAAAAAUGACCAUUCAUACUUACUAUUUUGGAAGCAGUUACAGUUGAGGCCAAAAGUUUAAAUGCACCUAGGCUUAAGAUAUUCAAACUCAGUUUUUCACAGCUCCGCACAUUUCACGUUACCAUACAUUUCUUUUGGCAAGUCAAUUAGGGUAUCUACU